AUGGCCUCCAUUGAGAAGGUUGCAAACUGCAUCCGCUGCCUCGCGGCGGACAUUGUGCAAGGCGGCAACAGUGGCCACCCGGGCACGCCGAUGGGCAUGGCACCAGUGUCAGCAAUCCUGUGGACAGAGGUGAUGAAGUACAACAGCCAAGACCCUCACUGGGCUGACCGCGACCGCUUUGUCAUGUCAAACGGGCACGCCUGCGCACUGCAGUACGCCCUGCUGCACAUGGCCGGUUUCGACCUCACCAUGGACGACCUAAAGAGGUUCCGCCAGGAGGACUCCCGCACCCCGGGCCAUCCCGAGCGUUUUGUGACGUCUGGGGUGGAGGUGACGACUGGGCCGCUUGGCCAGGGUAUCGCAAAUGCGGUCGGCCUGGCGAUGGCCGAGGCGCACCUCGCCGCCACGUUCAAUCGCCCGGGACACGAGAUUGUGAACCACCACACGUACGCGUACUGUGGUGAUGGCUGCCUGAUGGAGGGUGUGUGCCAGGAAGCACUCUCCCUCGCGGGCCACCUCGGCCUGGAGAAGCUUAUCGUCAUCUAUGACAGCAACCAUAUCUGCAUCGACGGCUCGACAGACCUCUCCUUCACGGAAAGCUGCACCCAGAAGUACGUGUCCAUGGGUUUUCAUGUGAUUGAGGUCUGCAACGGUGACUCUGACUACGAUGGACUGCGCAAGGCAUUGGCAGAAGCCAAGGCCACGAAGGGCAAGCCCAAGAUGAUUGUGCAGACGACGACGAUCGGGUACGGGUCUUCGAAGCAGGGCACCGAGAAGGUACACGGCGCUCCGCUGGGUGACGAGGACAUUGCCAGUGUCAAGACAAAAUUUGGCCGCGACCCGAGCAAGAAGUACCAUGUCGAUGAGGACGUCCGCUCUGCAUUCCAAAAACACGUGGAGAAGUGCGCCAUGGAGCAGAAGGCGUGGAAGGAGCGCUUGGCCAAGUACAUGGCUGCGUUCCCAGCCGAGGGUUCCGCCUUCGUCGCCCAGAUGAAGGGCGAGCUGCCGGCCGGGUGGGAGGCGAAGCUGCCGACGAACUGCUCACCCAUCGCCACGCGCAAGGCGAGCGAGAACUGCCUGGCUGUGCUCUUCCAGGCCAUCCCAGCUCUCAUCGGUGGGUCGGCCGACCUCACGCCGAGCAACCUGACGCGCCCCGCGUCGGCGAACUUGACGGACUUUGCCCCGGGCAGCUACGAGGGUCGCUACAUUCGCUUCGGUGUCCGUGAGCACGCCAUGUGCGCUAUCCUCAACGGCCUCGACGCCCACGGCGGUCUCAUCCCGUUUGGCGGCACCUUCCUCAACUUUGUCGGCUACGCCCUCGCUGCGGUGCGUCUUGCGGCGCUCUCACACCACCGUGCCAUCUACGUGGCAACACACGACAGCAUUGGCCUCGGCGAGGAUGGACCAACUCACCAACCCGUCGAGCUGGUGGCUGCCCUGCGCGCCAUGCCGAACCUGCAGGUGAUACGUCCUAGCGACCAAACGGAGACGAGUGGCGCGUGGGCUGUUGCGGUGACCAGUGCCCGUACUCCAACAGUUCUGUGCUUGAGCCGUCAGAACACCGUGCCGCAGCCGGGGUCGAGCAUCGAAGGUGUGAAGCGCGGUGCCUACCCGCUAGCAGAGGUGCCUAACCCGCAACUCGUGAUCGUGGCGAGCGGCUCAGAGGUGUCGCUGGCGGUCGAUGCUGCCAAGGCGCUAUCCGGUGAGCUACGCGUGAGCGUCGUGUCGAUGCCGUGCCAGGAGCUAUUUGACGCGCAGUCGGAUAAGUACCGCAAGUCAGUGUUCCCCGAUGGCGUGCCGGUGGUGUCAGUGGAAGCGUACCUCAGCUUCGGCUGGGAGAAGUACUCCCAUGCGCAUGUGGGCAUGUCUGGCUUCGGUGCCUCCGCCCCCGCGGGUGCGCUAUACAAGAAGUUUGGCAUUACCACCGGGGAUGUGGUGACGACGGCCUGCAAGCUGGUUGCACGCUUCCCCAACUGCACAGCACCGCUCAAGAACUCCUCUUUUAGCAAAAUCUAA